UAUCUAUCAUCAAUUAGAUACUAAUGAAAAAUGCAUGUAUAGUAUAUCAAGAAUAACAUGCAAACUAUAUUGGCAAUGUCGCUUGAUUAAGGAAUAACUACAAUAUACUACGACGAACUGUAGCACGUGUAGAUGUUAACAGUUCGGUUAAUUACCUAUAACAUUAAAGUUUGUUUGUUAUUGAUAAUUCCGUCUUAUCAAACAAGCAUGUCUGAUAAUACCACCAACAUACAUGAUUUACACAUAGGCGUCAAUGCCAUACCUACCAUAUUACAUAUCACGUAGAGAUUCUAAAGUAGAUGCGAAUGGAAAUAAACAUAUGCAGAUUCAAACAUCUGCAGUGAGUAUAGAGUGACCCUGAAACGUUCAUCACGUAAUUCCGAUCAGUUUGUGCGUCCGUUUGUAGAUGUUAGCAUGGCAGCGCCUCUAAUUAGUCUAAACAAUGGGCUGAAAUGCCCAGCUCUUGGAUUGGGCACUUGGUUGUCAGCCCCUGGAGAAGUGAAGGAAGCAGUUAAGUGCGCAAUAAGCAUAGGUUAUCGACAUAUUGACUGUGCUUGGUUGUACGGGAACGAAAAGGAGAUAGGGGAAGGGAUCAGAGAAAAACUAAACGAUGGUACAGUGAAAAGAGAAGACCUGUUCAUCGUGACGAAACUGUGGAACACUUUCCAUGAAAGAGAAAAAGUGGUCCCUGCUUGUCGCGAGAGUCUGAAGAACUUUGGGCUAGAUUAUGUUGACUUGUAUCUUGUACACUGGCCCUGCGCUCAAAAACAUACAGGAAAGAUUGACUUUAACUUACCGUUCAAAGACGCAGUGAAUAUCAAUUAUGACUUUGUCGAUACAUGGAGAGGUAUGGAGGAAUGCGUCAAUUUAGGUCUGGCCAAAAGUGUUGGCCUUUCUAACUUCAACAGUAAGCAAGUGCAAAGGAUCUUGGAUAAUGCAAAGAUUAAACCAGUGAUGAAUCAGAUUGAAGUAAGUCCCAAUAUAAACCAAAAGAAGCUAAUCAAGUUUUGCAAAGAUAGAGACAUCGAAAUAACCGCCUACAGCCCUUUUGGAUCACCAGCAAGACCUUGGGCGAAGCCAGGUGAACCUGUCGUCAGGUUGGAUGAUCCGAAAUUGAUUGAUAUUGGGAAGAAGUAUGGAAAAACCAGUUCUCAAGUAAUACUGAGGUACUUGAUACAGUUGGGCACAAUCCCCAUACCCAAGUCUUCAAACAAAGAGAGAAUCAAGCUGAAUAUUCAAGUCUUCGAUUUUGAGCUAACUGCAGAAGAUAUGAAAGUCCUGGACUGCUACAACUGCGACGGAAGGGCUGUACAUGCCGAGGAGCUAAAAGAUUCCCCUGAUUAUCCUUUCAAAGGGGUCGAAUUUUAGGCCACAGGUCGCAUCGCACCCAUUGGUUAAAUUUAUUAUAACUGCUCAUUCGCCACUACGUUUAUGGAACAAGCUAACCUUUAGAACAAUCAUCCAUGAUUUAAAUUCAACGAAUACGAGGACAUUAUCCAUACGAAGAUAUUUCAGCGCAUACUCAUAUAACACCGCUAAAUGUUAUAAUCCAUUAGAAAUCAUACAUUUAAGUCACUAUUAAAACAACGUACGUUCUGAGAACUUUUCGUAGCACUUAAUCUUAAAUAUUUUUUAUAUUCACAGUAACACUGACAUUUUAGAAGCAUUUAAUACUUUAUUUAUUCUAUCACGUAUAAAAUAUCAGACAUUUUUAUAGUUUACA